GAUGGUUUAAUAAUACGAUGUAAUGUAAGAUAAUAAAAUGUGAGGCUGGAUGAACACAGCAGGCCCAGCAGCAUCUCAGGAGCACAAAAGCUGACGUUUCGGGCCAAGCCCCUUCAUCCAUUAAUAGUACGAUGACUUAUUUGAAUUGAAAGAGGUAAAAUUAAAUAUUCCAGAAUAAAUUAAUGCUGGUGGACAUGUGGGAUGUUUAGCAGAAAGAGCUGCAGGCAGAGACGAUUGGAUGAAUGGCCACAGCACGGUGAAGCUCCCUUACGGGGCCUAGUCACAGGGUCGAUUAUUAUGGUUUCUGAAAAAGCCAUAAUUCAGUACACAUUUCAUGUUCCGUGAAUGUGCAGGUUGUUUGCCGAAGGCUCCCCAUUUACUGAAGGACUAAGUUGCCCGCUGGAUCCCUGACACAGCGAGACCGGAGCUCCGCGGGCAGCCACUUAGUGCCGUCUCCGCACUCUCCAACGGUGCGAUACCCACUACCCAAAUCAAUCCACAGGCGCUGUUUUACUCAUGCGGUGUCUGUGUUGCUGCUGCCCUCAUCCCGGAGCACAGUUCCCACAGGCAGACAAUGAAUGUUCAGGCUCAUGCUUUAGUUUCUACAAUAAGUGAAACAAAUGGUAUCCCAGCAAGGUUUGCAGAACUCAUCAAGAAACAUUUCAAAAUCAUCUGCUAUGAAGAAUUCCUGAAAAAUGCAAAACAGCUUGCUGAUAAAAUCCAGGUCAUUUUUACGUGGUAUCAUUCUCCCAGAAUAAAUGAAAAGCUUCUGAAAUCUCUACCAUGUUUGAAGGCCAUUGUAAAUCAUGGAGUUGGUGUGGACCAUCUUGAUUUAUCUCUGAUCCACAGCUUCGGUGUGAAGGUAGCCAACACUCCUCAUGUGGUGGACAGUGCUACUGCUGAAAUGGGCAUGGCCCUAAUGUUGGCAUCUGCCAGGAAUAUAUUAGAAGGUCAGCGGAUUUCAACUUCUCCAGACACUAAAACUUAUCCUUUGAAUUGCUAUGGAGUCGAGGUGACUGGAGCUACUCUUGGGAUCAUUGGAAUGGGACGGAUUGGAUACAAAGUUGCUCAAAAAGCCAAAGGAUUUGAUAUGAAAAUUCUGUAUCACAACAGGAACAGGAGGACUGAGGAAGAAGAGAGGCUGGUUGAGGCUUGCUACUGUGCAAAAAUUGAUGACCUCCUCCAGGAGUCAGAUUUUGUCAUGAUAGUAGUAAACCUGACUCCGCAAACUACCAAAAUGAUGGGAGAAAGAGAGCUUAGACUAAUGAAACCCAAUGCGACUCUCAUUAAUAUCUCCCGCGGUGGAGUGAUUGAUCAGGAUGCUUUGGUGAAAGUGCUUCAGAAUGGAGUUAUUCGUGCAGCAGCACUAGAUGUUUCUGAACCAGAGCCCCUUCCGAGGACUCAUCCUUUGCUACGCUUAACAAAUGUCAUUCUGACUCCCCACAUUGGAGCUGCCACUGAAAAGACUCAUCAUAUGAUACUGGAGAAAAUGACUGAAAACGCUUUGGCUGCUGUUCGUGGUCUUCCAAUGCCUAAUGAAGUUCUGCUGUCAUGAUGGGUAUAAGCAGCAGAGAUGUAGUAAUUCUUUGAUUCUAGUGCAUUGUAGUAAUGAUCACCUCUGCAUCAGUUUAUUCAAGACAAGAGUUUUAACAGCUGUAGUGAAGAAAUAAGCUUUCUAUACCCUAUGGUCACCCAAAAUAAUACUGGGAUAUUCCUUUUCCUUCCUUUCUUAUUAAUUCAUAAAUGUCAAGCCAAUUCUUACAGAGAUCCACAAAAAUCUUCAUGCAGACACAAGAUGAAAAAGGAAUUGACUUAACAAGUAAAACAUUGUGAUCGUAAUUCUGCCCGCCGAUGCUUUAUUCAUCAGACCCAGAACAGGGACAAUACUGAGGAGGACCUCUGUUCAUUGAAAUAUCAGCACAGCCUGGUGAUGAGUGUACAGCCCCUUGACAUUCACUCCCUUACCACCUUUACCCCAUCCCCCAGCCAUUCCUCAUCUCCUCACAUCCUUGAAUCCAGUCAUCCAGUAUCUGUGAUAAAAAUAACUCUCACCCUCUGUAAUAACAUUGAGAAAUCCUUGGGAAAGUGAUAAAUCAGAUAAAAUAAAAAAAACUCGAAUAUCCCUUGAAAACCAUGGUCUCUGAACAAAUCAAAAUUUGUAAGUGUAAGAAAGCUCAUAUUCUCUUUGACCAUUGUGAACUACCCCUGCUCAGCAGAAUCAAAUAGUUGAUUUGAAAGUCAGCCAACUGUUCAUAGUGAGAUUCCAUUGAAGAACUGAGUCUACCAACUUUCCUAGGCUGAAUUCUGUCAAGCCUUUGAACAUAAUCAGAGGCCCAACCAUCUGUCAAAGUUUUAAAACCAAGAAAAUGGUUCAAUUAAACUUCAAGGAGACAAUCAAAGCUAUGGGCACAUUUCUCACUGCCAGCCAGGAUUUCAUAGUGGUAUAUAUGAAGGUGAGAAGUUGGAGCAACAGUAUCCCUUUCAAACCCGCUCCACCAUUCAUUACGUUGUGGUGGAUCUGAUUUUAGCCCCAAUUCACAUUCAUACCUACCUGGAUAACAUUUGACUGCCUUAGUGGCCAAGGGAGUACAACAGUUCUAUAACCCAGAGUAGCAUGCUAUCCAAGGAUGAUGUACUCCAAUACUUCUGAAGACUUUUUCCAUUUUCACAAUAAUGUGAAUUCCUUCAUCAGCUUGCCAGAUGUCAGAGGUUGGCAACCUGGCAACCACAGUAUUUAAUGAUCACUCUCUUUUCUGACACAAGCUGCACUACCACUCACUGUAUUAGAAAUGGGUAUAAUCAAUGAUAUGUCAUGGCUAUGAAUUAGAGAACAUCUUUUGUUUGACCUUUCGUACAAUUCCCACCUUCAAACUGUGGUUUCCUGUAAUUUGUAAUAUCUGUCCAUACGAUUUACACUGCUUUCCAAAACUGGCCCAAUUCCAUCAAAGUUUUUGAAGGUUUGCAAUUGAGAUGACAAAUUCAGGGCAAUAGAGAGAGGGCUCCAUACCUAUGCUCUUAAGCCGCACCACUGAAAAUUCACAAUGUUGGGAAUCCCACAUUCAUGUCCUGCACACCGUUUUUGAAACCUCCUCAAUGCACUUCAGACACACAUUAGGGCUGGAAAAUCCAGCACACUGCGCUGCAUGGUCUAGGGUGAGAUAGUCAUCAGAACUGGCCAAUGGUAUCCUAUUUCAAAUUAUAUGACACUGAUUAAAUUCAUAAUUCAAUGAAAAUAAAGUUCCCACACUCCAGAGAUUCACAAUAGCCAGUGGCCAGUACUUUACAGUGUAAGAAAAUUGAUUCUAACUGCUUCAGCAAGAUUUUGUCCCAUUAUCCAAUUUUAUCCAGAGAUCAUACAUGCAGAUCAGAGAGAGAGAGAGAGAACAUUACAGCACAGUACAGGCCCUUCGGCCUUCGAUGUUAUGCCAACCUGUCAUACCGAUCUCAAGCCCAUCUAACCUACACUAUUCCAUGUACGUCCAUAUGCUUGUCCAAUGACAACUUAAAUGUACUUAAAGUUGGAGAAUCUACUACCGUUGCAGGCAAAGUAUUCCAUUCCCUUACUACUCUCUGAGUAAAGAAACUAUCUCUGACAUCUGUCCCAUAUCUUUCACCCCUCAAUUUAAAGAUAUGUCCCCUCGUGCUCGCCAUCACCAUCCUAGGAAAAAGGCUCUCACUAUCCACCCUAUCUAACACUCUGAUUAUUCUAUAUGUCUCAAUUAAGUCGGCUUUCAACAUUCCUCUCUCUAAUGAAAACAGCCUCAAGUCCCUUAGCCUUUCCUCAUAAGACCUUCCCUCCAUACCAGGCAACAUCCUAGUAAAUCUCCUCUGUACCCUUUCCAAAGUUUCCACAUCCUUCUUAUAAUGCGGUGACCAGAACUGUACGCAAUACUCCAAGCGCGGCCGCACCAGAGUUUUGUACAGCUGCAGCAUAGCCUCAUGGUUCCGGAACUCGAUCCCUCUAUUAAUAAAAGCUAAAACACUGUAUGCCUUCUUAACAGCCCGGUCAACCCGGGUGGCAACUUUCAAGGAUCUGUGUACAUGGACACCGAGAUCUCUCUGCUCAUCUACGCUACCAAGAAUCUUACCAUUAGCCCAGUACUUUGCAUUCCAGUUACUCCUACCGAAGUGCAUCACCUCACACUUGUCCGCAUUAAACUCCAUUUGCCACCUCUCAGCCCAGCUCUGCAGCUUAUCUAUGUCUCUCUGUAACCUACAACAUCCUUCUUCACUAUCCACAACUCCACCGACCUUAGUGUCGUCUGCAAAUUUACUAACCCAUCCUUCUACGCCCUCAUCCAGGUCAUUGAUAAAAAUGACGAACAGCAGUGGACCCAACACCGACCCUUGCGGUACACCACUAGUAACUGGUCUCCAGGAUGAACAUUUCCCAUCAACCACCACUCUCUGUCUUCUUUCAGCAAGCCAAUUUCUGAUCCAAACUGCUAUAUCUCCCACAGUCUCAUUCCUCCGCAUUUUGUACAAUAGCCUACUGUGGGGAACUUUAUCGAACGCCUUGCCGAAAUCCAUAUACACCACAUCAACAAGUUUACUCUCAUCUACCUGUUAGCACAUCAAAUGUGUAAAUUAUAAUCUUUUUAGUUGAUAACAUCCUAUCCUGAGAAUGUUAAUUAAACCCGAUACAAAAUAUGUUUUAUGGAAUAGAUUAAAUCACAUAGAUUAUGAAUGAACUGCAAAGACUGCAGUGUGAAUGUUUAAUUUUUGAUAUCAUUGUAAUUGGAUUAAAAUAUAAUUCUAGAUUUUU